AUGGGGACGAGAAGAGAUGAUGGUUUCCUUGUUCUUGAUGAUGGCACAACACUUAUGGUUAAGAGACUGCAGCAAUCUCAGCACUCUGAGAAAGAAUUUAUGUCUAAAAUGGGUUUCUGCAUGGCCAAAAAGGAGAGGCUUUUGGUCUAUAAAAACAGGCCAAAUGGCAACCUCUAUGAUCAACUACAUCCUGCAGAUGGUGGGAGCACUCUUGACUGGUCCAUGAGGCUCAAAAUUGCACUUGGAGCAGCCAAAGGUUUAGCAUGGCUUCAUCAUAGCUGCAAUCCCCGUAUCAUCCACUGAAACGUAAGCGCAAAGUGCAUUGAUUUUGAGCCCAAAAUUUCUGAUUUUGGCCUUGCCAGACUGAUAAACCCAAUUGAUACUCAUCUGAGUACUUUCGUAAAUGGCGAGUUUGGGGAUUUUGGAUAUGUUGCUCCUGAAUACACUGGAACUUUGGUUGCUACCCCGAAGGGGCAUAUUUAUAGCUUUGGAACUGUGCCUCUUGAGUUGGUGACUGGUGAAAGACCUACCACUGUGGCUAAAGCUCCAGAAACUUUUAAAGGAAAUCUAGUAGAAUGGAUUACAGAGCUCUCAAGCAACUCACAACUCCAGGAUGCCAGUGAUGAAUCACUAGUUGGCAAGGGUGAUGAUAACGAGCUUUUCCAAUUUUUAAAGGUUGCGUGCAACUGUGUUGUACCAACUCCUAAGGAGAGGCCCACCAUGUUUGAAGUAUAUCAGCUUUUAAGAGCUAUUGGGGGUAGAUACAAUAUAACAACUGAGGAUGACUUGUUGUUACCUACAGAUAUUGGUGACACUGAAAACUUGGAGGAACUUAUUGUAGCUCGAGAAGGAAAUGUAUGAAAAGGUAUGUGAAAAUAUA